UGACCGAUCGUUGGGACGUCCCGUCGUCGUUACCCGAGAAACCCAACCAGCCGUUUAUCGCUACGCACAGGUGCUCCGUGUGUACGUCGUAGUGUGUGAGAGUGUAUGUGUUUACGUACAUACUAUUAUACACUUAAGCUUGCCGCCGCCGUCACCGCCACCACCGUCGGCUACGCGCGCGGCCAUCAACAAGUGUAACUUUUAACAGUUAUAUAUUUUUUUUUCGGCAGUUUCCGUUACAAUAAAAAACAGUAAUUAAGAGCGAAAUAAUUGAAUAUGAAUCAUUAGAAAAUAACCGUCUGAAAUAGAAACGGUUUCUUCGCUGUGAGUACUUCAAACUAUGUUAAAAUGUGUUAGAUUCAAACAGCUAGAAUAAUAAAAAAAAAGUACCCUGUUUCCGCUGACACGCACAUCUACCACAGGAAACAUUGUAAUGGAAAAUCAAAAAAUCCACUAAAUGACAAUAUAAUGGAUAAAUAAAAAUUAAUCACCAUACUCUAAUCGAACAAAUCUAGCAUUUAAGAAAGUUUUAAUAGUGCUUUUCAGUGAGCUUUUAUUUGGAAUGAUCUGCUUCUAAGAACUUAGCAUUUAUGGUUGCGAUAAAUAUUUAACGCACGCAUAAUUCCGCUUGUAAUAACUAAAAUAAACCGAUGAUACCUUAAAGCUACAUAAUUAUAAAGAACCGUGUAACAAAAUGGAAUCGGAACCGGUAAUCGUUGUAGACCAAGAAAAUUGCUUUGUCGAAGAGGAUGAAGACACGGAAGAAGGAGGAGGCGGAUCUCCCGAUACCCUUCCACAGGACCCGUUUUUUCUAUCUCCGUUUAGGGACAUGAGGAAACGUUCAUUACCCACUCCACAAUGUACUACUGGAAUAACUGCCAGUCAGGUACGCAGGUUAAGCGAUCAAGGAGUAGCCGGCACAGCUGCUCGAGAAAAAGCUUUCCUGGCCACGCUUACCAAAGCACCGGGGCCUUACACCCCGGGACGUCGGCACUCGGUGAUCACCAUAUCCAAAGCACCCAUGCCUUUGUUUGGCCGCAAUCGCCGAGAGUCGAUAGCUUCUUUUCCUAGUAAAGGGUCACGACCCGCUCGCCGAGAUUCCACGUCGGGUGCUGCACCUUCGCCCACGGGAAGCCAGUUCAAUUUACAGCUAGACAUUAUGGACGAUAUUGCAGACAUUAAAGCUGCCCGAAAAGUUCGGAUGAAAAUGUGGCAAACCGAAAACAAGGAGAAGAUGUGCGAAGUACAGCCAUUAGACGGCAGUAGCAACGCACAAAUGUCCAGAUUUAAAGAAGCACGUAGGUAUUCGAACAUUGAUGUUUGCGAAAAACUAGCACCUCCUAUACCACCCCGGAGACGUGCAUCCGACUCACCAGGACCGACCAUCAAAUCUCAGUCGUCUGGUAUCGUGUGUACCAAUACGGAUUUAAUGUCAAUCAUGAAUUCUCUGAAAUCGUCAGCUAAUAAGGCGUUAACGAAAGGUCGACUGGGCAGUAAGACGACGGAUAGCAUAUCAGCGGCUGGCGGUCGCAAAGAAUCUUUGAGGUCGGGUCGAUCCAACAGUGUGGACAUAGCUAAUUUACAAAAUAACGGUACACGUAAUUGGUUCAAGAAAAUUUCAACUAAAAGUUCAACAUGUCGACAACCAAUGGACGUCGAAUGCCCUGAAUCUAUAACUGUUGGUUCGGAUUAUGUUCAAAAAUCACCGGUAGUCGUCACUUUUGCUGAUGAACGACCAAAAGUGUCUUUGCUUGAACCCGUAUCAUGCAAAACGGAAAAACCACAAGCAGCCCAGUCCGUUGAAAAGAAGACUGACAUAGUGUUAUGGGACAAACCUACAGGUUCAGUUGUUAAUGCUGAGGUUUUGGGUACUGCUAUUGAAGGAUUUUUAGCAGCUAAAAAUUCUGGCGAUAGCGAAGAAAAUUCUCACGCUGAGGGUGAACAACCGACAUCCAGCAAAACAGCAACAAAAACAACCAACGAACAGACUACUCGCACUUGCGACACUUCAAUUUGUUCAUCAUUAAAAGAUCUUUUUGUCAAAUAACUAUAAAAUUACUCGUGCUGGUCAUCAUGCUUUUUGUAUUGAAUCAAAACUUUUUCAUGAAUUAAUCUCACUUUUCUCAUAGUAGCUAACAAAAUAUUAAUACUAAUUUAAAUUAUUAAAGUUCUUUUGUAUCAAUGAUCAAAUAUAAUAAAUAAUAAUACCCUUUGUAUAUGUUAUCACAAUCAAUGCUUAUGGAUUUGCAUUGAAGUUAAGAACCAACACAUUCUUUUCACAUUGAUAUGCGUCUAUAUUUUAUCAUCCACAUUUUAAAAAUGUAUUUUUAACAGUAAAAAUUAGAAUAACAAUAAUAGGACCAAAUAUAAUUUUUUACUUCAAACAUUUAAUGGCAUUAAAAACAGGAGCUUAAAAUGUGGGUCGACAGAGUAUACAUUUUUAUAUACUUAAAGAAGGGUUAUUUCAGCUUAGUUUUAGAGUAAUCAAUUUAAAUAAACAGUUUAGCGUGGUUAAAUUUGUACUAGCACGAGUCAUACGUACAAUUCGAAUAUAACUAUACUUGCAUUGUAAUAAAAGAUUAUAAUAGUUCAUAAUUGUAAAUAUUUAUUUUAUUUUAUUUUUAUUUAUAACAAUAUUAGACUUUUAUCAGAACUAUUAUUGAUUCAUAAACAUUUUUAAUUAAUUAUUAUACGUUAAAAAAAUUUUUUUUUAAUCUAUUUAACUAUCUCUCUAUCUUAAUUCAGAAUUAUUUAUUGAUUUUGAUGCAGAAUAUUUUAUAGACCACAUCACACCUACCACAUUUU